AUGGAUUCCAAUUGCUCAGAAAUCACAAAGAAGCGCAAAAUACCAACCAGAGUUGCAGGCCCUGUGGAAUCAAAGAAGGAACCAUGUCAAUUAUCUUUAGCAUCAUCGUUAGACAUUUUGAACAAAUAUGGAAAUAGACUGAAGCGUUUCAACAAGGAGAAGCUAAAAGAGUUUACGUCUGAUGGUACACCAUGUGAUACAACUACUGCACAGGAAUUAUCAACUGGAGACAUCAUAAGGCUAGGAAGAGCAAGAUUUCUUCAUCAUGUCACUCAAUGGUCCGAUGAUCCUUCCAUGCUUAUUGAUCCCUUUAAAAAUCCCCUUUGCGGUUAUUCUUAUGAGGUUCUUAGAAAUGUGGAACUUGUUGAAAUCCUUCUUGCUUCUGUUGAGAAGGUUAGCAACAAACAGUUUGAUCGUGCAAUAAAAUUGCUCAGCAAGUGCGAGCAGAUGUCUUCGGCCAAUGGUAAUCCAGUUGAAAGAGUUGUUCACUAUUUUGCUGAAGCUCUUUCUGAGAGGAUCGAUCGAGAAACGGGUAAAGUUUCAAAGGAGGGUGACAAUAGGCAUGCCAUGGAAAUUGAAGACGCUAUGACGAAUCUCAAGCCUGCUUUUGUUGUGUGUCUAGAAAAGCUUCCCUUCUGUCAAGUCACUCAAUUCACUAACAUCCAGGCCAUCUUGGACAGUGUGGUCUCUGCUAAAAGGAUCCAUUUGGUUGAUAUUGGAAUUAGAAGUGGGAUGCAAUGGACGGUCUUGAUGCAAGCUCUUGCAGUUCGGUAUCAAUGCCCAUUGGAACUUCUUAAGUUAACUGCAAUUGGAACACCUAGACAGAGUAUUCAGGAGACAGGUGAUAGGUUGGUGUCUUUUGCCAAGUCCAUGAACAUACCCUUCUCUUUUAGAACAGUUGUGGUACCAGACUUCGAAGAUCUCAAGGAAGAUCUCUUUGAAUUAGAGGCUGGUGAAGUGGUGGCCGUUUACUCAACAAUGAUUCUAUCAAACAUGUUAGCACGGCCCAGUCGCUUGGAAGCUCUAAUGGGGGUUAUUAGGAACCUCCGUCCAUCUGUAGUGGUGGUAGCAGAAUCAGAGAUGAAUACAAAUGAAGCAACUUUCAUGGAUCGCUUUGUCGAAGCACUCUCUUUCUAUGGUGUACUUUUUGAUUGUAUUCGGACUUGCGUGGAUGAGUCAGAUCCGUGUAGGAUCACCACAGAAGCAGAAUUAUUUGGGCGGUGUAUUCAGAAUAUGGUCGCUACUGAGGGUGAGGAGAGGACGUAUCGGCAUGUGAAGAUUGAUACUUGGAGGAAUAUUUUUGCAAGGUUUGGAAUGGUAGAAACAGAGCUGAGCUCAUCAUCUUUGUAUCAAGUGAACCUGCUGAUUAAGAAGUUUGCUUGUGGGAAUUUCUGCACAAUUGAUUUCAAUGGUAAAUGCUUGCUUCUUGGGUGGAAGGGAACGCCAAUUCAUUCUAUUUCUUCUUGGAAGUUCCAUCAGGGGUAG